AUGUUCCUUUGUGUUAUUAUUCCUUGUCUAUGUUCUUACUUAUGUUCACUCUUUUCUUGGUUACUCGGACAGAUUCCAAGUUUCUUAUUCGACAAGAUAAAUGAAUCUUGGUUAACAUCAACGAAAAGAAACGUGGAGAUUGUGAAGAAUUUAAUGGACAAGAUCAGUCAGUUGCCUGAUGAAUUGCUCGUGAAGGUACUAUCAUUUCUUUCAACAAAAGAUGCUGUAAGCACGAGUAUCUUAUCGAUGCGAUGGAAGUCUCUUUGGAUGUGGCUGCCUAAACUGGAGUACAAUUUUAGGCAUUAUUCAGUGUCUGAAGGCCAGGGGUUGGCUAGAUUUAUUACUUCGAGUCUGCGAGUACAUAAAGCUCCGGCUAUUGAAAGCUUGAGUCUCAAGUUUAGGUAUGGAGCAAUUGGAUCAAUUAAACCUAAAGAUAUUUAUCUCUGGGUUUCACUUGCAGUUCAUGUUAGCAACGUCCGUGAGUUAAGUCUAAAGCUUUUUAAUUUUGCGGAGCUUCCAACUAAAUUGCCCAAAAGCUUAUGUAAAUGCAAAUCGAUUGUGAUCUUGAAACUGAAAGACGAGAUUCUCGUUGAUGUUCCUCGUAAGGUAUGUCUCCCCUCCCUGAAAACAUUGUUCCUUGGACGUGUGACUUACUCGGAUGCAAAUUCUCUUCACCGACUUCUUUCCAACUGCCCUGUUCUUGAGGAUCUAGUUAUGGAACGAGAUAAAAUUGACAAUUUGGGGAAAUUGAGUGUGAUUGUCAAGUCCUUGCAGAGACUAACCCUAAAGAUGUCUCGUCCUUGUCAUCUUGAUGGGCUUAAGAUGAAUUCUCCUUCUUUGAAGUAUUUGAAAGUCAUUGAUGAAAGGCUAGAGAGUGAUAGUGAUGAUGAGAGUGACAGUGAUAGUCCUCGAUACUUCUACGAUUUUGAAGAUAUGCCUAAGUUGGAGGAGGCAGAUUUUGUAUUGACAUUCCAAAAUAUCAAAAAGUUCUUUGGAUCAAUCACAUCUGUUAAGCGUCUUUCGUUAUGCUUGGGAGUCUACACCGAAGAGGUAAUCUGUUUCCAUCACUCUAUCCAUCUCAUUGUUGAACAAUAAACCAGGUUUUCUUGAAGUUGAAUCUUUUGUCAUCUUAUGCAGUCUUUAUAUCAUGAGGGUCUUGUCUUCAACCAGCUUGAACAAUUGAAGAUAUGUUCAUGUGAUUCAGAUUGGUCAAUUUUACUUGCCCGAUUACUCAAAAGCUCUCCCAAUUUACGAGAGCUCGAGGCUUACGUGAUAGAAGUAAGUUUGUUCCUUAGAGACCUAUACUCUUGGUUCAAUUAACUAUAAUGUUUAAGCCAAACUUCUCAUGUUUGAUCACAGGAUCAUCCAAAUGGGCGUACGGAUCUACCAAAUCAGUGGGACAAUCAGCUGAAUUGUGUUCCUACAUGUUUGUUGUCCAGUCUCGAAACGUUCCGUUGGAGUGAGAUGCAUGGAUUGCUGCAGAACCAGAUGGAUGUAGCUAAAUAUAUCUUGAAAAAUGCUCGCUGCUUAAAGUCUGCGACAAUCUUUUUUCCGACAACAUAUGCUCAAGAAACAAGAGAUGAGAUGAUCGAGGAGUUGUCACUUUCUUUUCAAGGUCCAGAAACAUGCCAAGUCUUCUUCCAUUGAGGAUGUGAAUCAUAAGGAUUCAAACUUUCAUUUCCAU